AAAUAGUAGCAAUGAAUGUAAACAAAACAAGACUUAGAUGGUACAGUAGUAGCUAGUUUUGGUAGGUGAUGUUUACUGUUUACCAUAACUAGUUAAAGUCAAUGUAAAUCUGAAGUGGACAACGCCGCUCAGGAGUCAGUCCUGCCUCGUUCAUGCUGUUCUGCUCAGAAAAUAUGGAGAGCUCAAGGAAAAAAAAAAAAAAAAACACACACAUACAGAGUGAUGCCAGGAAAUUUGUACAGAUCCAUCUUCUUGGAUGGAGAGCUCCAUAUCUGCAAAGUCAGGUUGCUGGGUUUGACAUGAACUGGCCAUUGCUGAUCAGAGGAGGAAGAAUGGGGGAACAUUGCUCACAGAUUGUGUCCAAGAUUACUUGUGACUGUGAAUACUUGUCACAGUUAGUAGUGUUCAUAGUCACAAGUAUUCUAGGACUCAGAUUAACCAACGUAAAUCGGCUGAAUAUCGAUCCCAAAUUGCUCUUGGCUAAAAAGCAAAUGAGUCUCCCUUGCAAGCGUAACUCUGAUGGUAGUGAGAAAGUUUUAGAAGAAGAGAAGGCAAGGGGGUGUCUGAUGAAAAUCGCUGAUUACAAACAAAAAUAUGCCUUGUUGGAAGACGGGGAAUUUGGGAGCCAAAAAGUGUCUUUAACUGGGAGGAUCACAAACAAGGAGGAUUAUUCAGAUGAAAGUCAUUUUUUAAUGCAUGAAGAGGGCCUCGAAGUGCUACUUGUAGCCAUGAAAAGGUAUUGCCAGAAUGUUGGUCUUGUGGAACUUGGUCAUGAUGUUAGGGUAACGGGAUCACCAGGAAAAUCUAAGGGGAAGCUAUGUCUGUAUGCCGACUCUUUUUCAAUAUUACCUCCUUGUCUCCUUAAUUUGGAAGAGAAGGGAGUUUCUGUUUCAAAUAUUGAAGAGCCAAAACAUCACAAGCAUUUUGAGAAACUAUCAAAUCAUCAGUUUCAGUGGAAGGUAUACAAUGGGGUGAAGAUUUUACAGCCUCCUAUCAAACAAGGUCCCAAUAUGUGUGCAUUUGCAGCAGUUGUAAAGCAACUCGAUUAUAAUUUGAGGUUGUUGUAUGCUAAUGCAAGCAAAGGAUUGUCAUUGACCGAAGAUGAGUGUAUAUUUGACCACAAAAAAUGGGAGAAUGAUUUGAAAAAAGAGUAUCCUGAUCGCAAAACUAGGUGGAAACCUAUUGAUCUGCUAGUUGAGGCACAAACCAGAGGUGUACCAUUAUGGAAUCAUGGUACCCAUGUCAUCCAAUACGCUAAGGGUAUGUCAUGUCAUAAAAUAGAUGCAAUCUCUCGCUUGAAGCAGUUGCUAAAAUUUUUUCCAGUUAUAGGAGUUGUGCCCGUAUACACUACUUAUAAUGUUGAUGGAGAUGAUUUGUAUGUUCGAGGUGGUAGUUAUGUGACUGAGAGGAAAUUUGAUAGGGAAGGUAUGGAGGUAGAGCAAAGAGCUCGUCAUGCUGUUGUUUUGGUUGAUUUAUGCGAAAUUGAUGGAAUUUCCUACAUAUCAUAUCAAAAUUCCGAGGGGGAUUCUGGAAAAAGCAUGUGUGAACUUGGCAUCUCAUGGAUGGAAGCUGAUUUAAUUGGUGAAAUUGUUUACGGAUGUUCUCUGCCACCUGUUCAUCCCCCAAGCGUAUUACAAACCAAAAAUCAAAUUGACUCAAUGCUCGCUGAAUUUGAGAUGGUUGGUACAUCUUUGAGUGCCUCUCAAGAAUAUUUUCGAGAGGGUCAAAAUGUGAUUUAUCAAAUCACAGAAUCUAGGUUGGUUUUUCAUAAUGAUGAACGUAUGAGCUUGGACAAAAAAAUUCAAGAUUACAUCACACGCCUUCACGACAUAUCCCAGAAGUUGAAGAAGUUCUUUCAGAAAUAUAAGAACGUUCAAAAGGCCGCCGUGGCAGGUUUUGGCAAUGUACCGCGGCUUUUAGAGGCUUGUGGGGAUGCAGAUGAAAUUGAAGGAUUUGCAACCAAAUUGCAACAAUUACAUCAAAACACAUUACUCUAGUUCUGCAAACCCAAGAUAGAAAGAAGCUGCGUACGGCUCUGUUUACUUACGGAGGUACUUCUUCAGACAAAGAACCACCUAUUUCUGCACCAACAGACCACUUCUUCAGUGUCCUGUUUACUUGCAGGACACUGAAGCUACUGCAAAUCCUGCUGUCAGCACUCCUUUGGAAGAUUCAGACAGAGCAAAGAAAGUUUUAAAUGUGCAGGGUUGUAACUGAGUAUCAUAGCUCAUUAUCAUUUGGUGCCUUUUGCUUACCAUAAAUAAGACUAUCUGCUGUGCUAGUACCAACAUGAAAUCUGCAGUGCCUUCAGCCAGUAUUAAGUUUAGUUUGCUACACCUUGUAUGAAAUGGAUUUAUUGUAACUAUGUAGCUUUUUCUUUUGGGACCGUUUAGUAGGAAUAUAGACAGUAGUUUGUGUUCUUAUCAAACAUCUCCUUACAAGACUUCAUCUAAAUCUUUUGCAGAGUUUGCGAGGAACGUACACAGCUUGAAUUGAAUUGUUAGGAACAUAUACACAGUAGUUUGUAUGUUCCUAGAAAACGCCUGCUUAUCAAACACUUUAAGCUUGGGAGUUAAAGCUUUUCUAUAUGAUUAUAUGCUAUUGAUCUAAUUUGACUGCAGUA